AUGGAGAGCUUUCGGCCUCGGAGGUCUAAGGUGACGAGCAUUGCUGAGAGGAGCGCCGUCGGAGGACGAUUCGCCUCCGCUGAGCGAGCUCACAGAAGAGGUCUGGUUAAUUUUGUGGAUUCUUCUCAGUUUGUCUAUGGAAACAGGCAGGUUCUGAAACAGAGAGACUUUCGGAAAUUGGCCUCAGAUUCGAGUUCUUGCAGUAGUGGCUCUACCGGCGAAGACUGGUUCCCCUCUGAAUUGGGCAGGAGAUCUUCACAGCAAGCUGUUGGAACUCCAAUAAAGAAGUUAUUGGCUGAGGAGAUGGUGAGAGAAACCGAACCUAGAAGGAGAUCACCAAGCUUAAUUGCCAAAUUGAUGGGUCUUGAUGGGCUGCCACCUCAGCAGCCUGCUGAUAGACAAUCAAAGGGCAUUUCAGAGAAUUAUCUUCAGAAGAAAAGAUCGGUAGAGAAAGAGCACAGAAGCAGUAUGUCUCAUGACCGCCAUUCAUCUAGGAAGAACUCAAGGGUGCAGCAGGAGUUUAAGGAUGUGUUUGAAGUUUAUGAACCUGCAAGGAUUUACUCAUCUCGAGGAAGUGCUAACCCAAAGCUCAGUGAUGCUGAAAUGGCUUUUGUUCGACAGAAAUUCAUGGAUGCAAAACGCCUUUCAACAGAUGAGAGGCUACAGGAUUCAAAGGAGUUCCAUGAUGUGCUUGAGGUGCUGGAAUCUAACAAGGAUAUUCUAUUGAAAUUCCUUCAGCAACCAGACUCAUUGUUCACAAAACAUAUGCAUGAUCUGCAAGGUGGUCCUCAAUCCCUUUGUGGUCGCAUAGCAUCUUUGAAGCCAUCAGAAGCUCAAAAGUAUGAAAACAUUGACCUUGGCUUCACAUCAGCAAGAGAGCAGAAGCAUCGCUGUAAAUCUCCUCAGAAGCAUCGGGAUUCUUUUUCUAGCCACUCUGACAGUAGACAUCCUCUUGAAUCAUCACUAAACCGACCAGAAGUGAAAAUUGAAUCUGCCAUUCAUCCUACAAUUCAUCCUACAAGGAUAGUUGUUCUGAAACCAAACCUUGGGAAGGUGCUGAAUGCUCCCAAAACAUCACCUUGUUCUCCUCGUGCUUCUAUGUUAGAUGGUGGCAAACACGCUGAAUUUCUGAGCAUUAGAAACAGGGAGGAAAAUGAGAGAAAUAACUUUAGCAGUAAUUCUGUGCGUCUUUCCUCCUCUGGUUUGAAAGGAUAUGCUGGUGAUGAGAGUUCUUGUAGCAUGUCUGAGAAUGAAUCUGCAAACGAGUCAGAGAGGAUGUCGGUGGCUUCCAGGCAUUCCUUUCACAUAAGUAACCACUCCAGGCCUUCAUCGUCGUGCUCUACUGAAUCAUCUGUGAGUAGAGAGGCCAAGAAGAGGCUCUCAGAGAGGUGGAAACUGACACACAAGUCCCAAGAAAUGGGACCUGUGAGCAGGGGCAGCACACUUGGUGAAAUGCUUGCUGUCCCAGACAAGGAAACGCGAGCUGCUAAUUUGAAUGCCAUGAUUGGUGAGGCAGGAUUCAGAGAUACAUUUUCUACUGAAGGGGGUGGACCUCUGGGUAUCAGCAGUAGGGAUGGUUGGAAGGAUGGAUGCAUCAAUAGUUUAUCAAGAUCAAAAUCUCUUCCUUCUUCAUCUAGUGUGUUUGGAAGUUUUAAAACAAGUAUGCGGUGUGAAACUGUACAUAAUGACAAGUAUCCGAUGCCAAAGGAUACAGUCCCGCACGAAAGACACCGUAUAGUAACUGGUAAUCUUGAUCUUAGAGAAGGUGUUCACAAACAGUCUAGAUCCAGAAACAAAACAUCUUAUUCGUCUCCCUCAAGUAGGGAAGCUCUUGACAUUUCACCUGAAACUCAUACUACUGAGAAUAAAGAUAGAACUGACUUGGAAGAGAACAAUCAAACCCAGAAGAAUGUUGCAGUCUUUGAGUCACCACCUAGUAAUGCUAUGGAUGCAAGUCCAGUUUCGGCAAAUUUGGUGGAUGUGGAUGCAUCCAAGCCUUCUGAAACUCCUGACGUGUUCCUUCCAGAAUUAUCAUCUCAUAUGUCGGUAGAAGGCUAUUCAUCUGGUGGACACCAAGAUAAUGCAAUUCCACAGGAACCCUCAAUCAGGCCACCCCAUGAACAGGCAGUCCCCUCUAACCAGUCUGUACCUGGAAUCGAAUCUCCUGCAAGCUCCAAGGAAGCUGAGCAGCCCAGUCCGGUUUCAGUUCUGGAAGUUCCUUUUACUGAUGAUGUGUCAUCUAGUUCUGAAUGCUUUGAGAGUGUCAGUGCUGACCUGCAAGGGCUUCGGAUGCAGCUUAAGCUACUGAAGUUGGAGUCAGAACCAUAUGAAGAGGGACACAUGGAAGUGUCGAGUGAUGAUGAAGUUGGUGAUGGAUCUACUGGGUUGUCAGAUGCAAGAGGAUUUUUGUAA